AUUUAAAAAAACAAAAAACAAACAAACAAUUCUGUCCACUUUAAAAUCUGUUUUUUUUAAGUGAGGAUUAUGCACGAAUAUAUUUCCCCCCCAACUAUAUUUAAGUUCUCUAUUAAAAAUCAACCUUCAGUUUUGUGAAUUUCUGGGUUUAUUUAGGUUAAUUCCCAUAAAUGUUUGUUUAUUCCCUUGGAAAGUUUCCAACUGUAAAAAUUCCACAAAUUUUGCAACCCUUUGUUAUAUUUAAAGUGUCCGUCUUUUAUCUCACAAUCUGAUAUUGUAUCGCAAAUAAAGCGACUGAACACACGUUCAGCCCAAUUGACAGAAGUCUCUCAAAGAUGAUCCCGAACGAUUAUCAAGUGGUGCGGGUUGCACUUUCCGGCCAUUUAUUGAACGCACAAAUGCGAAAUGAGAACAUUCGCAAGGAGCUGCCGUAGGCCGCUACUCACACACACACACACACACACACACACACACACAGAUGCUCACGCUGACGUAACCGGCCAACCCGACUCCAGCUCCUGGCGUCGCUCACGAGGCCACGCCCCCUGUAAGGCCCAGAUCCAACACACGGAUACUACACCUUCUUCGCCGCCAUUGUGGACGUGUGCCGAAAGUGCUGAGCUCCAGCAGGAGGUGAAACUCAACUCAACUGGAGGCCGGGGAUGACGUCUGCGUGGGACACGAUCCUGUCUGCCCACCAGAACAUAGUGGACAAUGGCGACAAGAGGACCGACCCGUGGCCGCUGGUCUACUCGCCGGUCCCGGUGACGCUCAUCGUCCUGGUCUACCUGUGCGCGGUGUGGGCGGGGCCUCGGCUCAUGAGGUGCCGAGACCCCGCGGACCUCCGGACGGUUCUCGUCCUUUACAACUUGACCAUGGUGGCCUGGUCGGCCUACAUGUUCCACGAGUUCUUGGCUACUUCGUGGCUCUCCAACUACAGCCUCCUGUGUCAGCCGGUGGACUACAGCGAUAGACCGCUGGCCAUGAGGAUGGCGCGGGUCUGCUGGUGGUUCUUCUUCUCCAAAGUCAUCGAGCUCAGCGACACGCUCAUCUUCAUCCUGAGGAAGAAGAACGGCCAGGUGACUUUCCUUCACGUCUUCCACCACGCCACCAUGAUCUUCAACUGGUGGUCGGCGGUCAAGUACACGGCCGGCGGACAGUCGCGACUAACGAAUGCGCGAAUGAGCGUGUCGCCUUGCAGCUUUCUUCAUCGGCCUGCUCAACACUUCGGUGCACACCGUGAUGUACUCUUACUACGGCCUGGCUGCUCUGGGCCCUCGCAUGCACAAGUACCUGUGGUGGAAGUCGUACCUCACCUGCCUGCAGCUGCUGCAGUUUCUGCUGAUUCUCACGCACGCGACCUACAACCUGUUCACCCAAUGCGACUUCCCGGCUGCCACCAACAUCGCGGUGGUUGUUUACUCCAUCAUCCUCAUCGUCCUCUUCGGAAACUUCUAUCGCCAAAGCUACCUGGAGAAGAGGAAGCAGAAGUAAGAUGUAUAAUAAUCAUCAAGUCUAACUUGUAGCGCACUUUGCUACACAGUCAAAUAAGUUGAAGAGACAAUCGAGCAAAGGACAUGUCGAUGUGUGCAUCCUCACAUUUGUCCACUCGAGAGCAGCGCGAGCCCAUGUUCUCUGCAAAAAAGCUUUUCCAGUCAUAAAUCUGAACUGCUACAGUAUUGAAAACAACUGCGAGCUGAUGACAUGUUUCAUUCAGACAUUUAUUAUUUCUUGAAUGGAGAAAAUGUGUGUUACAAACAAACUGUACAUUUAUACACACAACAUUAAAAGAGGGCCGGUUUGUUUUGCGUUACUGUAUAGUAGGGAGACAAAGCCAAAGCCGCAAAAUGGAAAAGAGGAAUGCAAACAUUGUUUCUCUCGUUAUUCAAACAACGCAGCAACACGAUACGUUUGUUUCUAUGCUUUGGUCUAAAAACAGAUGUCGAAAACUAGACGAGGAAGUGUUCAUAUUGUAGCGGCGCUGUAACCAAGUCCAUUUUUUUUUUUUUUGUUCUCGUUCUGUUGAGUCAAUAAAAGAGAUUUUGAAAAGG